GGAUAUAACCACCCCCCAUCCCAAACUGAAUCAAAGGUCUGCCUGUAUUAGCAGCAGCACCACCAACCUUUAUUCCUCGUCAGCUACCAACUAGCAAAGUGACUUCAUGGGCAUUAACUUUUACCUGACAGGCGGGGGAAGGGGCCAAUCGAGUUCACUCUCUGUAAGACAAAAAUCUUGUUUUACUAGACUACACCGUGGAUAAGACCGGAAACUACUGAAGACCUUGUUCGGCCAAACAACAACUAAGUUUAAGAGGAAAGUGAGUGUCACCUCAGAGUCCGGAGCGCUGAGCCACAUUAACUCACAGAACCUGCCAGAUAACUACAGUGUGUGUGUGUGUGUGUGUGUGUGUGUUGGAGGGGGUAUGUUCUGUUUAUGAGCUACUUAAGGAAAGUGUGCAGAGGGGGAAUAAAGUCCACCACGGUGCUCACGUGCACUGGGAUUCCUCUGAUCUCUCGUGGACGCGUCGGGCAAGCACGAGUCCUUCGGUGAUCAUCGACCAUGUCCCAGUCCUGCCCUCCGAUUCUCUCUGUGCACCCCACCCGGGGUCUGGUUGAUGAGACGUUCAAGGUGGUGGUGGAGAAUCUGCCGCCAGGAAGACCAGUAACACUUCACUCCCUCCACCAGUCUGAGGAUAAGGACUACUGGGAGGCCUACGGACACUACAUCAGCGACCACAGAGGAAUGGUGUCUGUUGCAGAGGAUUUCAGUUUUGGGGGAACGUACACUGGAAAAGAAGCUAUGGGUUUGUUGUGGAGUAUGCGUCCUGUCCCAGGCAGCCGCAAAUUCCUCAGGUUGAGAAAGAUGAACGCCUGCAGCCCCGUGCUGGUCGACAUCUCGGUCUACAACGGUCAUGUCACCGAGGGCUUCAGGGAGCAGGUUCCCCUGGCCUCGGCGCUCAUAGAGAGAUGGUACAUCGCUCCAGGGGUUAAGAGGAUCAGCAUCAGAGAGAAAGGAGUGCGAGGGACCCUCUUUAUACCUCCAGGUCCAGGACCUUUCCCUGGGCUGUUGGAUAUGUGGGGAGGCGGUGGAGGGCUGGUGGAGUUUCGUUCCUCCUUGCUGGCAUCCCAUGGUUAUGUGUCUUUUGCGCUGGAGUAUAUAUCCCAUGGUGAGACGGAGUCAGCAGAUCCAGGCUUCAGCUAUUUUGAGACAGCAUUUAACAUUCUCAAAGACCAUCCGCAAGCGAUCCCAGACAGAAUUGGAAUUUUUGGACUUUGCCUUGGCUCCAUUGUGACCACAUAUUUGGCAGCCGAGAGCAGCAUUGUCAAGCCUCUCUGUUGUGUUUGUGUCAGCGGCUGCCACAUAUAUCCGCGUGGGGAGACCUUAAGUGGACUCAGCGUGUUGUUCAUGAAUGAUGAACUGAUCCGUGUGGAUGAGAACAACUGUGAGAUAUGGCGAGAUAUGACUCUAGCAGCUAUGAAUGACCCCCAAAAUAAAGUGGAUGUGGGGAAAAUUAACUGUCCAAUGUUGAUGGUCAACGGCCAUGAUGACCAGAACGUGCCUACAGUGGAGUGUGCUGAAGAGAUUGCCCAGGUGAUGAAGGCAGUGGGGAAGGAGCACCUGCUGACCAUAGUGCAGUACCCCGAUACUGGACAUCUGAUUGAGCCGCCCUUCUCACCUCACUUCAGGGCUACGAAUUUUAUAGGUUUCACAAAAAAGAAAGUGGCACUGCUGUGGGGAGGACAAACCAAACCCCAUUCAGACGCUCAGGAAGACUCCUGGAGGAAGAUCUUAGCUUUUCUACAGCACCAUCUGUACUCCAGCUCAAUUCCUAAGGCCAAGAUCUGAAUGAUGGCAGAAGCACAAAUCACUGCUAGACAGCACAGUGUUGCGUUAACCACCUAAACAUUAACACAUGGUACUGUGACCUUACUGAACUGACCAGGAGCCUGUUGUCGAACAAACUGAAGAACACAAAAUGUUAGCCAGCUGUCAUAGCUAGCUAACAUAACAUAUAAUGUUAGCUAGUUAACAAAUCUUAGCCAUUCAGCAAAGGCCGUCAAAAACACUGAUGUAAUGUUUGUGACUCCCUAACUUUGAACUGUGAUGCCACAUUAGCCUCAUGGUAGCCACACAGACCUGCAAGAUGUGCACCAGAUCCACCUUACACUUGUGAGCAUUCAUUUAGAGCUCAGGUGUUAUUGAAAGAAAGUAUUGGUAAAGCUAUUUAAAGCUGAUCAGCUGUAUUGUUUUGUCAGUAUACAUAGUGGAUGUUGGAUUUGCUGUGUUACUCAUAUGUUAGACAGCAGAGUCUGACUGUGUUAUUUAGCCUGCAAGCUUCAUUAAUUUUGAUUAAUUAACAUGCGUGACUCUUCUUUAAUCAACUGUUUUUCAGAAUCAGAUUUUAUAUAUAAAAUAAUUAGAAUAUAAUUUCAGUUAAAUCAAAAUGUAAUUUGUGACCAACAUUUUCUCUGCCAUAUAACACUUGCUGGGUAAUAAGUUUGGUGAAACCUUAAUUUGUGUAAAACACCAGCCACACUAAUGACUUGCUGCCUGCCUCUGCUGUACUGUGUUUACUGCUAAAGUGAACA